GAGAGCUCACACGGCCCUCAGAGUCGCUACCGAUUGCACAGGGGUAAGAGUGUGGUCGCCUUGGCAGGAUACUCACAGUGCCGCCGCUACUCAACUCAACAACUCACUACCAUCACUCCUGUCCAGCUCUAGCUCUAGUGUGUCUUGUGGAAUCUUAUAUUUUAUGACUAUGAUUGUUCCUCUCGUCCUCGCGCUGGUCUUCGUCUCUCAGGCGACGGCCCACUUGUCACUACAGGAGCCGCCGGCCAGGAAUGUCAUGUGGAGGAUGGGAUACAACCUCCCUCGCCACGAUGACGACGACUACCUCAUCUGCCACGAACAACCCGGAAAGGGUCACUGUCCCCCCUGCGGCGACAGUGCUGACACCCCCUCGCCCCACCCACACGAGGGAGGGGGCCAGUGGGCGACUGGCAUCAUCUCCAGACACUACACCAUAGGUCAGGAGGUGGAUGUGCACGUGAACGUCACCCGCAGUCACGGAGGUUCCAUCGUGUUCAAACUGUGUCCUCACAACAACGCUAACAAGCCAGUCUCUCAGAGGUGCCUCGACCUGCACCCACUGGAGGUUGUGAGCAGGUCAGGUCGGAGUUCACAUGAAGUCAAGAUCAGUGCCACCUACGAUAAGAAAGAACAACUCAAUUUCAAGCUCAGGCUACCUUCCGGCGUCACCUGCGACCAGUGUGUCCUCCAGAUGUCCAACACUGCAGAACAAUUCAAGCCACAGGAGAUAAUGUUCCGGAACUGUGCAGACAUUGCCAUCCACGCUAACGCCAAGACCAACCUGGCAGGGGGUCCACCAGUGUCCUUCAACGCCCACCGCCCACACCCUCCACCACCACGAUUCCCUGUACAGGUGCAACACAAAUUUUUUGGAUAAAUCAUAAAAAAGUCAUCGUUCACUCCUGACUUAAUGGUAAAAUGGUAAUACCUGUACAUACAAAUUUAAAUUUAGGAGUUACUUUGGUUAAAGAGGCAAAUUUGUGAUAAAAAUCAUAUCCAUUUCUACUUACUAUGAAACCUAUUUCAAAAGUAAACAAAAUUACUCUACAAUAAUUCAGUUGACCUUAAAACGAGGCGGGAACUAGUCUGGGUGCACUGGGGGUGAUGAUGGAGACCUAACCAACCGUAAUAAAUAACAAACAGCAUUAUUUCUGGUGGCGAAGUCAUAAGUUACCUCGUAGUUCAAUGAUGAGUUAUUUGUUACCUUUAUCUUAUAUCUUUAUUUCUCUCUCAAUAUAAACAGCAACUUGAACCCUUUAUACUUAAUGCUAAACUAAAGCAAAUGAACAUCGUUCAUUAAACUUCUUAAAUUUAUCACAACUUAUAAAAUCUCUCUCUCUCUCUCUCUAUGGUAAGUAAACUUAUACAGUACAUAACCUUUAAGAACAUUGAAGUAUUAUUUAUAUAGAGGAAAGAGAAAAAUAAAUGCCCAAACCUCUCUGAUGAUUUACACCAGAGAGAAAUCUUCGCUUCCUGGCUGCCGAAGACGUAGAUUAAAAUCGCUAGAUGAUAUUAGAACUAGCAAUGUUUUCUUUUUUCAUUUGUUUGUAACUUAUUUAUUCAGAGAUGCAUGUACUAUAAACUACUGUAUCUCUAUUGUUGGAUAUUUAUUAUUAUAUAUUAUGUGUAUGAAAGUAUACUAUGACAUUUAUUAUACUUUACAAAUAAAGUGUAUAUUGAAGUAUAUUA